AUUGCGAGCUCCACUUAUUAGCGGUUCUCGAGUGCAGUUGUUUGGAAGUGUGCCGUCGCGGUUUUAGAGCUGCAAGUGGUUUUUGUUUUUUUUUUUUUAUUUUCGGUCGCCACUAACAGCAGUUAAUUCGGCGACUGUCGCGAAAUCUGGAAGCCUAGUGGAGCUCGCGUGCGGCUCAGAACGUGUUUCGACCUUCUUUUCUUCUUUCUAUCUUUCUGUUGACUUUGUUGUUUCUUCUGAUCUGUUUCUUCGCUCGGGAGUUUUUCACGUUUGUUUCCCCGAUGUUUGUUUUUUUUCCUGUGUUGACAACUUUAUUUUUGUUUACAUCCUUCAACCGAGAGAGAAAGUGCAACUGCAUUGGAAUUGUUAUCAAUAGCGAAGCAACAACACCACGGUAUUGGGCCAGGAAUUUAAAUACCUUUGAGUGUCGACGAAGAGUGUUUUCAAAACUUCCCGGCAAAUUGCUAAUUAGUGGUGAAGCGGAUAUAAUCGUCCGAAUCGUCGGAGUGUGACAGCUCGCGAAACAACGUGCUGAAAAAUAUCAAUCUUUAAUAAUUAAACGUAAGCCGCAUAGAAAAGGAGGAAACGAACAUUGAAAUUGAGCGAUCGUUUCUGUGUGCAGAAUUUGAAGCAAUUUUGUGUGUGUGUUCUUCCCUCCGUCUAUGAAUAAUCGAAGUGAAAUGAAGUGAUACACCUUUGCAGUUGAAUGGUAAAGGCAAUAUAAGUAAUUGAACUUCGAAAACCUCCUCAUCCUUGGCGCGCUCCCUCGCCUGUAAUCCGGUCCGUUGUUGUUGUUCGAGGAGGGUUUUACGGAUAUUUUCUCCUGUGCUGCACGGUAUUAUAGUUAUUGAAUUCUGACGUUUUUUGUGUCCCGAGCGCGCGUGUUUGUGUGUGUGUGUGUGUAUGUACGUUUGACGAGUACGUGCAAGCGAAAUAAGUUCUUGUCCCUAUAAACGGCUAUCGUGGCCACUCCGGGUGGAGAACAGCAGUUCCAGCAGAGAGCUAUCCACAUCGCAAAUCGGAUCAGCGAAGUGGAAUGUCAUUGAAGAAAGAAACUCUAUCGGAUGUACAGCUGCACUUGGCUGCAUUACGCGGAGACGAAAUGUUGCUGAAGCGUGUUUUGGACAGCGGCAAAGUGCACGUGGACUGCCGGGAUGAGGAUUACACAACACCACUAAUUUUGGCUGCUGCAGGAGGACACACCGCUUGCGUCAUAGAACUGCUCGAACAGGGUGCCGAUCCGAAUGCGAGACGAGUUACCGGCACAACGGCGCUAUUUUUUGCUGCCCAGGGCGGCUUUGUGGACGUGGCUAGGAUACUGUUGAAGGCCGGCGCUCCGGUGGAUUGUUCAUCGGUGGACGGUGGAACGCCACUGUUCGUCGCCUGUCAGGGCGGGCACGAAAACAUGGUUAGCGAGCUGCUCGGCCACGGAGCUAACGUUCAUGCCUGCAUGAAGGAUCGUGCAACUCCACUGUUCAUCGCAGCCCAGAAUGGCCAUGGAUCGGUUCUGAAGUUGCUUUUGGCAGCUGGUGCCCAUCCGGACACCCCGAGGAAUGACGGUGCCACUCCGCUGUGGAUCGCAGCUCAGAUGGGCCACGAUCACAUCGUCAAAAUUCUGCUCCUCCACGGAGCGUACGUGGACGCGGUGCGAUGUGACGGAGCAACGGCACUCUUCAAGGCGGCCCACAAGGGCCACAGUUCGGUGGUCCACGAGCUGCUCAAGUAUCGGCCGAAUCUUGGGCUCAUUCCGAACGGCGAAACAGCGCUGCAUGCAGCGGCUCUGUUCGGACAUCUACCAGUUGUGAAGCAGUUGAUUGCUGCCGGCGCUGAAAUCACCACCAAAAAUCAGGAAGGCUUCACGCCACUCCAGAUCGCCCGCCAGCAGAAAUACCAUGCCGUCUAUCAGUAUCUCAAGGAACGAGAGCAUCAUUUGCGACACCAACAGGCAGCAGCUGUUCAGGCGGGAGGAGGACAGAAGGGUCUCGUUUCGGUGGCCACCAGUGGCAACGCGGCAGCUCCGGUGGUCACCUCGGUUGCCAUCAGCAGCUAGGGAGCGGAAUCCGUUGCCCACAAGCAAGGGCACAAGGUCCACCGUUCCAGUUGAAGGAGAUGUUGUUUCAUUUUUUACUAUUUGAUAUAAUGAAGUUAAAGCCGUUUAUAACGUGUUUCAGUUUGGUCGACAUUCUCGGGAGACACUUCCGAGUGGUUGCUCGUGCAUUCAUGUACACAGGCGCGUACGCCUCGCGGAGGCAAUAAUUUAUUCAACGCAACCGAUAGUAAAUUAGACUAACAAAUUAGAUGUAGUAAAAAGGUGAGCUAGCCCCACUUACGAACCUUCGUCAGCAGUGCGUGCAUAGAUUCGAGAGAGAGAGAGCGAGAAAAGUAAACACGAAAGCGAAAGCGAUAGAAUGGACGUGAAAGCAAACUAAAGUGCUUUUAUCGUUGAAGUAUCGAACUGUGGGGGGAAAUUAGGGAAUCAUAAUCUUAAUCAAAUGUCUAAACAUUUAAUUAUUGAUUGAUUGGCAGACGCGAAGGCACGAAUUCGAGAUACACCCAGAAAGAGGCUCGGAUCUACAUAUUGUGAACAGGUAAGCAAUAUAGAUUGGAACUGUGCCCAAGGAGUGAUUGCACCCAAAAUGAGCUAAAAAUAUUCGAAAUCUUAACCGACUUGUAGAAGGUAUGGAUGAAAUUUUGCACAUGCUUUCGCUAUCCGAGACGAAUUAUUUCCUAUGGUUGGAAUAUUAUUGUGACUAAAGAAUUAUGUUCGAAAAGGGCGUAUGUAUUUUAGUAUAAACUUUCAUUAGAAAAAAAUAGCUUGAAAAUCUUUAUAAUUAUUUUUUUCUUCUUUUUUGUAUGAAAACUUGAAGGUAUAGCGAACAAUUUCUUCAGAUUUUCAAGGUCUAUUUUUUAAUAUUUCAAGUAUGCAAAGUUGCUUGGAAGACCCAUGUGUUUACACCCACAACGUUUAACUGAUAUAUUAGAUGGUGCUACCAACGGCUAGUCGAGUUGGCAUGAAAUUCGUCAUUUACUGAAUUUUGUGUCUAUUUAUUGAUGAGAAAAUUAGUUUACUUACUUGGCCAACCGCAAAGUUUUUGAAUUGGUAAAACAUUUUGUAUGUGUUGAUUUUGAAUUUUGUAUGAAAAUCAAAUUUUUAAGGGGAGAGAAAUUUUAAAGGGGUCGAUGGUACCACUUCGUUCAGGAAAUGGGGUUUUUUGGUCAAAAAAAGUUUGAGGAUCCCUGGUCUAGACGAUCAUAUAUGACAUGGAUUGCCGUCGAAUGAGCAACGUACCGAUCAGUGCUUUAGUUUGAACGUUGAUAUGAACAGCAGAUGUAGAAAGUUUGAUUUGAACGUUGACUCACUCGAGAUGAUUGCCAUCUGAUAGCGAGACCGACAUGCAUCUGUGGCAGUACUCGGAUGCUAGUCCUAAAUCAGUGUCUUAGAAUAUCAACAAACAUUCACGAGUAACGAACAUGAUUUUAUUUCAGUGUAAAUUACUUUUUUUCAGCUUGAAACACACUGCCCUCAUUAUAUUGAUGACAUUAACUAACGAGUUAAUUUUGUUCAUAUCGCUGUUGCAUGAACAAAUUUGCUAUAAUGAAUGAAUGCGGCAUUGAGUGGGGUUCAUAACUUCGCUGUUAUUUAUACUUCAAAUAUCAAAAGCAACAAAUUGAUAUUAAUCACGAAACGAUAUUCGUUCUGGCAAUGAUUUUGAGUCAAAAUUCAAAAAUUAAAAAAAAUAGUCAGUCUGGACCAUUUAGAGAACGGAAACGCCAGAGUUCGAUGAAACGAACUUUGCAAGAAAUCGCGCAGGAUUUUGUUCGGCGAGACGGUAACAACGGCAUAAAUAAAAACCAACCGCACACAGCUGCCUCAGGUUAAAAGAAAACAACAGCUGAUAUUCAUUUGGCUAAAAUGAAAUUCAACUCUGGCAUCUUGAAUAAUCAAGAUGAGGAAGAAGAUGGGUGGAAAAUAAACUUCAAAACAUAUUGAAGAACAAAAGUUCAUUUGCUCAUAUUCACUGGUUGUCUGGAUCUGUCAUUUUACUGUUUCGUUUGGAAUAUAUAGGUUUUCGAUGCAACCUAGCCCGAGAAUCUAUGCAUUUGAGCUUAGCGAAGAUGAUUUUUUUCCACACUGUUCUAAAUCAUAGAUGUAGGGUCGAAGACAGGUUUGAGUGAAAAACCAAUAUCGUAGAUACCGUAGUCACAGCUGGAAAGUAUAUUGGAUCAUUCGUUUUGGUACGUAAGCCUCGCGCAUUCUGAAUUCUGGGUAGUACCUACGUAUAAUAUUUAAGAAAAGGAGAGGGUCGGGUACUGAAUGUUGUUUUUCUACAAACAGUUAUUAUUCCUUUGGUGGGCAUUUCAACAACCAUAAACGACGAGUUUUUUUUUAAUUUUCGAGUAAGAAUGGGUGUUACGAUCAAAACCCAAAACACGAUCCCGGUAGCUGUACACGACGAUGCUGAUGAAGUUGAACUGUGAGGUGAUGGAAGACGGAACCUUCGUCAUAAUGUGUGUAGGCGAUCUGGCGUAGUGGUAACAUCCAUGCCUCUCACGCUAAAGGUCACGAGUUCAAUUCUCACUCUCGACAUUCUUCCAAAAAAUGGAAGUAAAAGUGACGAACCAGCCAAAUGAGUUGAAAGUCACUAUAAUACAGAUAAAAAAAAACCUUCGUCAUAAAGGAUUCAAAUCAGCUCCAUGAGCAAGGAGUUUCAUACGGACGAAAUUCAUACCAACUCGACUGGUCGUUGGCAGCACCUUCUCAGAUAGCAGUGAAACGUUGUGGGUGUAAAGGCAUGGGUCAUUUAAGCAACUUUGCAUAUUUGAAAUAUUAGAAAAAUAAUUAGACCCCUUUUUGGAAAAAGCCAAAUUUUUUUUCUUAAAUUUUUACAAAAAUUUAUAACUUUAAAACUAUGAUACCUACAACAUUCAGGUCAAUUGUUUGGAAAUAUAGACUCCUGAAAAAUAUAAUGUUUUGCUCGUAACAUUUUUGUGUGUAAAUUCUCACGUUUGACAUGUUCUUGACAUGUUUUCAAAUAGAGAAAAGUUAGCAGAGAAUGUAAAUUGCGAUAAUUUAUACAUAAAAACGUUACGAAUUAAACAUUAAAAGUUUUUUUUUCAAAGAAAAAAAAAUUAAAAAGUUGUUGUUCGAAAAACUUUUUUCAUGUAAAUGAAAAUUUUUUUUUCAUCGUCCGAUGUAUGGGAAACUUGUUGGAAUUUCUAAGGGCUAUUUAUAUCUAUUUUUUGCAGAAUUUUGAAAACAUUUUCGAGGAAAAUGAAUUUUUACUAUAAAUUUUUUUUUUCAAUGAAAUUUUUUCCCAAAAAAAUCUUUGAUGAUUUUUAAUGAAAACCUAAGUAAUUUCCUACAUUUCAUUUUCUAACCAUCUUUUUGUAGAUGUUCUUCUUCUUCAGUGGCACUAACGUUCCUAGAGGAACUUCGCCGUCUCAACGUAGUAUUACUUGCGUCAUUUUUAUUAGUACUUAGUUGAGAUUUCUAUGCCAAAUAACACGCCUUGAAUGCAUUCUGAGUGACAAGCUCUAGAAUACGCGUGAUCACAGUGCAAGUCGGAGGAAAUUUCUUUGACGAAAAAUUCCCCCGACCAGAACGGGAAUCGAACCCGAACACCCGGCAUGUUAGUUAUGACGCUAACCACUCGGCCACGGGAGCACAUGUUAUAGCACAUGCACAUGUAGAUGUUCUAGUUUUUAAAUAAAGAUUUUUCGAAAAAAAAGUUGAAAACACUCAAAAUUAAAAAAAAACCUACAAAAAAAAAUAUCAGGCCUACAAAAUUUUAGUCAAAGAAUGGAAUGUGGGAAAUUAUUUUGGUUUUCAUGUAAAAUUAUCAUUUUUUGGAAAAAAAUUUCAUUAAAAAAAUAUUUUGAGAAUUAAAAUUCAUUUUUCUCGAAAACAUAUGCUUUCAAAAUUCUGAGAGAAAUAGAUAUAAAUAGUCCUUAGAAUUUCCAACAAGUUUUCCAUACACCGGACGAUGAGCACAUUAACAUGGAAAAAGUUUUUUGAACAACAACUUUUUCAUGUUUUUCUUUGACAAAAUGCUAUUAAUGUUCAAUUCGUAAUUUUUUUUUGUAUAAAUUAUCGCAUUUAAUGCUCUGCUAACUUUUCUCUAUUUGGAAACAUGUCAAGAACAUGUCAAACGUGAGAAUUUACACACAAAAAUGUUACGAGCAAAACAUUAUAUUUUUCAGCAGUCUUCAUACGAAAAUGACAUAUUUUCCAAAAAAUAGAAAAGAUAAAAACUUGAUGUCUUCGACAAAAGUUUAUAUUUUAACAAGAUCUAAAACUUUGUCGAAUACACUAUAACGCUAUCUUGACUUUAAACAAAAUUAGGAUAAGUUGUAUUUUUUUCAAAGAAAACAUGAAAAAGUUGUUGUUAGAAAAACUUUUUCCCUGUAAAAGUGCAUACAUCGGAAGAUGGAUGGACGACUUGUUGGAAAUUCUAAGGACUAUUAUAUAUAUUUUUGAGAAUUUUUUAAAUAAGAAAAAUGAAUUUUAAUUUUCAAAAUAACUUUUUUUUCAGCGAAAUUUUUUUGGUAAUUUUUUGUGAAAAUUUAAACAAUUUCCUACAUAAUAUUCCUUGACAAGAAUUUUGUAGGUAUCAUAGUUUUUAAGUUAUAAAUUUUUGUAAUUUUUGAGUUUGCUAGUUUAGAAAAGCUAUAUGUACCAGUGGCUUCAAGAGCGACAUUUUCAUUGCAACCGGGACCGUCAAUCAGGAAAUUUUCGAGAACGAGUGUCUAGAAAAAGCUGUAGAAAAGCAGCAAGAAGCAGUUUUAGGCAAGGGUGCGUUCUGCGGCGGAUAAAGUGGAUGAGGUGGCUAUACAGAACAUGAUGGCUGGAGUUAAACGAAAUUUACACGCAUAUUUGUUUUUCAAAAUUUUGAUCCUAGCAAUCAAAACGUUUCGAAUGUUUAUUAAUAUGUGCAUUGUUAUAUAUACUUUGUUAAAAAUGCACUCAAAGUUGAGCCUAGGAUUUUUUUUCUGAAGGUGUGUGUUUCCAUUGAGGUGCGCAUAAUAACGCAUCGCGUCAUUUACUUCGUUGCACUAGACGUUUAUCUUUGAUUUUAAAAUUAAACCAACUGAAACACAUGACAUAAAUAGGAAAUGAAGAUUCAAUUGCUGAGAGACGAUUCAUUUUUGCUCGUUCAGGUAAAAAGUGGCGAUACAAGCGAUUAUGAUUACAAAUCGACAGAUUGCCUGUCGUUCCAACAAGCGAUCAACUUUUGUCUGAAAGAAACUUUUCUAAUUAAAGUUUAAAAUCGAAAUUAUCGAAGUUAUAAUUUCAAUUUUUUUUGAAACUCGAAAUUAUCGAGGUUAUAAUUUCAAUUUUUGACGUAGGAUUACGUCUUUCGGGAACAUAUUGGGGUACAAAUUGAAAAUCGAAAAUUGAGUAUAUCGUGAAAAUUGUCCAAUUUCAAACGCUUAUUGCUCAGUCAUUCGAUGAUGGAUUGAUGAAAUUUUUGCUCCAAUCGAUUUCGGCACUCCAUAACAAUUUUUCAUAUUGAAGAAAAUAAUAUAUGUCAUGAAACUAACUAUCGAACAAUUGAAAAAUCUCAACCCCUACCCUAACGGAAAUACCAACUUCUGAUUGGUCGAAAUUGACGACACAUGCGGCGGGUCCCUAACAGAGACAUCAAAACCAAGCUGCCUAGGGGAAAUCGGCAUUGCAAAUACAUAAUAGUAGGGGGAGCUUUUGCACCCACCGAAAUGUGUUCCCUAUCAGAGACAUCAAAACCAAGCUGCCUGGGGGAAAUCGGCAUUGCAAAUAUAUGCAAGUCGGGGGCACUUUUGUAUUGCAAGUAGGGUGAGUGAUACGAUUAAUUCUAGCAAAUAAAAUUUAAAUUUGGAACUUUAAUGUUGGUUGCUUCGUUAAAUUUCAUAUCAAUGACCGAUCGUGUAUUGUGAAACAUUUAGCACAAGUGUAAGUGUAGAGCAAGGGGACGAAUUACCCGCAAAGGAAGGAAAGGAGGGUAUAAGGAUAUAGGAACAAUCACACACGAGAACAUGAUACAUGAAACGAUUUAUUUCAAUUUUCAUAAAUAAAAACCAAGGUGUGUUCCCACUCGAGAACGGGUCGUUUGGUCUAAGCUGUCUGUUUUGUUGUGUUCAUUCUCACCCAAAGAAAGUUUAUACAAUGAGAAAAAUUGGAAAAGUGAAGAAAUAUUAGAAAAUAUUAGAAAGUGAUUUUCCAUAUGCUCUACAUAUAAGAUUAGGUGUUGUUAGUCCAAUUUAAAUUCGCAUCAACAGAUAGCCUAACGGAAUCCUACGUCAACUAUGCGGUCGUGUCUCGGACACAACCCUCCUGUGACUUUUUUUUAUAUUUUCUUAAUCCGGAAGCAUGUACAAAAUCUCACCCAGCCAUAAUGGUCUAAUUUGAUGAACCCAACAUUUGGCGAGGAAUCUUUCACAAACGUAAUAACUAUUUCAAAUAGAUAUCAAUGCAUACAUAGAAUACCAUCACACUUUCAUAACUUCUAUUUGUGAGAUCAUUUCUACUAAACACGGUAUGGAUGUACAAAAAUAGAAUUGAGUCACUGUUAUGUAAAAGCCUGGUGCAUACAUAUGCAUGAAUGUAAAUGCUCAUUGAUAAAGUCACAAGCAAUAAUCAGAAUAACUAUGUUAAUACGUUGAUAAACACCGUAAGCAAAUAUCGAAAUACAUAUACAGAGAAGAAAACACUCGCUUUAGUAACUAGUGUACGAGAAGAAGUCAUUCGAGUCCGGUUGGCCUUGAGCCAUCGAGCCGACGAGAAAUAGAUUCUAAGACAACCUGUUGUAGAUAGUGAUGAGUUACAUCAUGGCUGACGAACACGCCCACUCUGCGCGUUUCGUCUAGUCAAUGUGCUCACUAAAUCUUCGCUUCGUUUCCCAUCCAAUCUCUUCAAAAAUUUCUCGCAUAAUUUACUACCUGACGAUAGCAUAUUUGAUAAAUUAGACAGGAAGCCGCUAUAUUUCGCUAUUCACCGAAAGACGUAAAAAAGUCAGUCACCGGGUGGACAAAGCAAGUAAUAAAAAGCGCGACAACAAUAACACACGACAGGCAGCCAAGCAAGCAGCAAAACACAUGUUAAAUAGUAGUAAAAAUUUGAUAGAGCACUUCGUUACAGACUCACACGCAGCUUCUCAGACAGCAAGAAAAGCGCGCACGCGAAAGCUGAACUCAAACACAAGAAAGAAGAAGAAAAAAAAACAUGAAAAUACUAAUUUAGAAGUAUGGCAUAAAAUAAACACACAAUCGAAGCAAUAAAAAUCAGGUUCGACCGUAAGGAAAACAUCCGACCUCUGGCGCGCGAGGGGAUUACUGAUAUCCAAAAGCCAUCUUUACGAGCGUGCGCCACCCGGCGUAUGUUUUUCCGGUGAAUUCGGCAAAUCUGGGAAUCUGUGCCGACGUCUGCCCGCUUCCUCGGCAAGAAUUUAAUCAAUCCGAUCUGGGUCAUGAAGCGUAAUUAAUCCGGAUGGUCAUUUCCGAACUGCGUUUCGCUGCGGAAUUUUCCCUCAAAUCUGAAAUCUAUUUUUGCUCACACAGAAAAGGAAGUUCGCAUAGCGACAAUUUAUUUUUUUUUAUUGAAAUUUAUAAUAAAAAUUUUAUGUGGUAGUUUUAUUGGUUUUGGCAUUGUACUUCAAGCUUAGGCGAUAGUCUUUUUAUUAACCCCAUGGGGCACCCUUUACGGAAUGUCUCACGCAGUUUCCUGAUCGUUGAAUUGGUUUCCUUUCGUUAGAGAAAUUAUUCGAAAUCUGAAUGUAAUUUGCCAUGACAGAAAAAAGGUUCCGCCACUGCAUAACGAUUUGGAUUGCAAAACUUCUUUCUGGAGGGGAAAAUUAUAUUCAGUUCUCACACAACAGAUUGUUUCACACGACAAUAUCUCACAACAUCCUACCGAUUCGUGUUUCUCAAGGUGUGAAAUCCGUUUUCGGAAACAACAGAGAAGAAAUCCGACCGUCAAGAUCCUCAUUUACCCUGGCUUCCCAAGUUUGCUCAUUAACACACACCUUCCUACUAUCCGCUCCAUUAUCGUGGUUCAGUCGUCCUCGCCGGAGAUUUGCUUUUUUUCUUCGUCGUUUGCUCCUUCAGGUUGAAUGGACAAAUUAAGAGCUAUUUCCGCCGUCCGUGUUUCCUCUGACCUUGUUCACCCUUCCGAAAAUGAGCAUCCGAAGAGAUUGAAUUAGCGAAAUUUUUCUUAACGUUGGUGCUCAGUUUCCUUUGCUUAAGGAUAUGACGACUUUGUAUUUCAUCUCGGACUACAGAUAAUUGAGUAACGUCCGAAGGAAGAGCACUAAAUGAUGAAAAUGUUGCUGGUAAAGGGUGUGUCACAUCAAAUUGCAUCACGGA